AUGAGUCUUCCUCAAAAAUCUUGUUAUAUAAGUCAUUAUUUAAUCUAUAAACUAAUGAUUGAUAAGAGCUAUAAUAGUGUCUUAAUUUUGGAAGAUGAUGUAGACUUCGAAUUAAAUGUCACGGCUAUAAUGACUGAUAUUUAUCGUGAUUUACCUGCAUCUUGGGAAUUAUCGUUAUUAUACGUAGGCCAUUGCUUUGAAUAUGUCGGCAAACAAGUUGGUAAAAGUUCUUUUGUACAUAGACUAUAUAAGUCCAAUAUGUAUGCUACACAUGCUUAUGCCGUUUCGUAUUCUGGUGCAAACAAGCUAGUAGACCUGCUUGAUCCUGUGACUCCACAUGGAACUGUCAAUUAUUCGCUUAGAGUAGUAGUUAGGAAAGGAAGUAUCUCAUCAUACAGUGUUCACCCACAACCUAUUUUUUGUAAAGUUGGUUAUGCAUUGAUAGAGCAUGAACCCGCACGACACGAUAGUGAAUCCAAUGCAAAAAAUCGUCAGACACUUAACCGAUUUUCCGGUGCCGGGUGUCUAGAAAAACGAAAGAUAAAACCAAAGGCUCAAGAACAAACACUCCACACACCCCCAACAAGGGCGGCAGCCCUUGUUCCAAGGAAACGCAAGUUAACACUAUCAGAAACAGACAAUCCCAAAAGGAAAAUGUCGAAAACACACGAUACAAGAUCUAAAAGCAAAAAUAAGGAAAACGAAGACACUACAAUAAUAAUAAAAAAAAAGACAUCAGAAGUUACAGAAUGCGUCCCCCAAAGUAAAACAGAUUCGAACAGUACUAACAAACAAACCCGAAGUUGGGCAGAGGAAUGCAAACAAAUAAACACAGAAGAGGGAAUGUCUAACUCAGACACUAUGAUUGAAAACUCAACUUUAGUGACGAAUGAAUCUACGAAAAAUUCACCGGAGAUGGCUUCAGAAGGUUCUGCCGAACUGGAGACAGCACGAUCAAAUGAACCCCUGGGACAAAUUGUUGAUGACUCAGACAGGGAAGAUAACUUGAAAUUUAAGAAACGCAAAAGAACACAACAGGCAGAGGAUCCCAGCACACUUUCCCCACAAAAGGAAGAGGGAAGGGAAACUCCAAAUUAUGAUAAGAAGGAUACAGAGAUAGACAAAGAGAAAGGUCAGGAUAAAAAUUUCCUGAAUGAUCAACAGGACAGUAGCCAGGAGCUGACUAGAGAGAUCACCUUCCCAGAGACAAUUGAAUUACAGCAAACAACAGAAAUAGAAUUGGUAGAGACAGGCCCUGCAGAAGCAACAGAACCACGGACCCUUUGUGAGACCACAUUUGGACAAACAUCAAUUGAUGCAGAAUCUCUUGAGGAGAACGAUGGCUUUACUACGGUUAAAAACAAAAAACAGCGAAAAAGUGAGAAGAAAAAUGCAUAG